AUGGUGAACAAGAUCCAAGAAAACCUGCAAUUGAGAUUCCCAAUGAAAGCGCUCCUAUUGAAGAAUAAGACGUCGCAAUUAGAUAAAUAUGAUACUUUGUUCAAGUCAAACGGGUUCGAUCCCGAAUUUAUGCCUUUGCUAACUCAUACUAAUGUAACAGAAGAAUUUUUGCAACUAAUUGAGAGCCCUGGGUACCUUGAUAACCUAAGAUAUAUUAUAAUAACCUCUCAAAGAACUGUUGAAUGCUUGAGUGAAUCUGUUUUGCCACUUUUAAGCCAGGAAGCGAGGUCUAAACUUUUGGGUAAGACUAUUUAUACGGUGGGUCCAGUAACGAAGGACUUUUUGAAGCGAGUUGGGUUUCAACACCUUAGAGGAGGCGAAGACGCCGGCAAUGGAAAUGUGCUUGCUGAUAUUAUCAUUUCUGAUCUGUUAGGAGUCGAAGACAAGGAAGAGGUCAAUGAACACUCUAUCCAUGAACUUUUGUUUUUGGUUGGUGAGGUGAGAAGAGACAUUAUUCCCAAGAAACUCUCACAAAGAGGUAUAAACGUCAGAGAAGUCGUGAUGUACAAGACCCAGAAUAUUCAAGAUAACGCUUCUCGAUUUCAAAACGCCAUAAACAACAAAUGUUGGGUAGUAUUCUUCAGCCCACAAGGAACGGAAGGGAUACUGAAAUGCUUGAAUGAGGAAGUUUGUAGAAAAAUAAAAAUUGCUAGUAUUGGCCCAACCACCGAAGAAUAUUUAAAAAGUCAUGGCAUUACUCCCGAUAUCGUAAGUCCUAAACCCGAUGCUGAAAAUUUGUUGAAUGCUAUCCGAUCGUAUGUAUAA